GGUUGUUUGAUGUCGGUCCUGCCAGAGACCUCCUUCGCCCGGUUCCACAAACAUUCCUGCACCCUCCUGUUUAUGAACACAAACUUAUUCCCAGUGGGAUGCAGCCAAAGGAUUUGCCCCCGCGGAUUGUUGGCACCAGAGUCAGGCAUGGGAUUCUGCAAGUGAAGGAUUCGCUGCUGUACCGAAACCAGCAGCCACUUAUUGACGCUGCAUGUUUCAUGGGGAGGUCCUUCAGAGUUGGCUGGGGUCCUUGUUGGACGUUGGCUCACAGUGGAAAUCUGUUAGGCAUCCCAGAGGACGACACAGAAGAAAUAUCUAUCCUUCCAUCUGCCAAAGGGCGAGUUAAAGCCCUGCCGCGACUGAAAAGCUGGAUGACCCACGUUGAGCAGAUCCAGGUAUCCGACUACAUGGAUGCUCAGAGUGUCGACAUCGUGGUAAGAAAACAGCAGGAAAACAUGCUAAACAUCCAGCUGGAUCAGUCUCAGUUCAGCCUGGAAGAUGGAUGUCCAUUGUUUGUGCCCCAGCCGGGUGUGGAGGCUCUACAUCGGCUUGCAGACUGCGUGGCAGAUGGGCUGGCGGAGAUAAAUUCCCACCCAGACGCCAGCGUUCAGCUACAGAUGAAGAGAGUGUUGUGUUUGUGUGUUGCUCUCUGGGGCAAGAUACUGCAAGCUCCUGACCUAGAAAAGGAUGAGAUCUAUCGAGAGAAGCAGCUUAGAAGAGAGGCGCUGUCACAGUGGCUGUCAGAUGCAAGUUCAAGGAAAGUGGCCACAGAGAUGGAAGCCUGCAGUGCUGUUAGCACUGACAGUCACCUGAAGGCUGUGUUCUCAAAGCUGACGGUGAGAGAGAUAUCAGAGGCCUGCAUGCUGGCACAGAGAGGGAGGGACCACCGUUUGGCCUUGCUACUGGCUCAGGCCGCAGGCAACACUGUGACUAGGCAGAUGGUCAGCAUGCAGCUGGACAAGUGGGCGGAAAUGGAUGCCUUUCAGUUCAUCCAUGAAGUGCGACAGAAAAUCUACUGCCUUUUGGGAGGACACCUGGUCUGGUGCUGCCAAGAUCUAGAGAUCAACACCUGCCGGGACCUGGACUGGAAGCGAGCGCUGGCCUUACAUCUCUGGUACAAGUGCCCCCCUAAUUCAACCAUCCAGACAGCACUGCACCAAUACCAGCAAGGAUUCCGAGGCACCAAUCAUAGCCAGGCUUACUGUGCAGCACCUUUACCUCCAUACCUAGAAGAUCAAGGAGACAGCGACGAGAUCUUUGACACUGCUUACCACUUGUUGUGUCUUUAUGCUGAUAAAUCUUAUGGCCUUGAAGCCUUGCUGUCGCCAACGUCAUCUACCUCUUCACAUCUAGACUUCAGGUUGAGCUGGCACCUGCUUCAGAUCCUGCAGGGGCUUGACUACAGACACCUGUCGGAGUACCACACAGACACCACCCACGUCAGCUUUGCCUCCCAGCUGGAGUCUCUCGGCCUGUGGCACUGGGCCGUCUUUAGACACAGUGCCGUCAUGUCGCUGCUGCAGCGCCACCUGGAUUUUGGCGACGAGAUGACGGACAGGGAGCAGUUUUUGAUUGACAGGUUACACCUGCCAGCUGAGUGGCUUCACCAGGUUAAGGCCAUCAGAGCUCGACAUGAAGGGGACCAUGAUGCCGAGGCCUCCCAUUGGAUUCUUGCUGGCCACUACAAUACUGGACAUACUGUUGUCGUCAGGCACAUUGCAGCAGAUGCAAUUAUUAACGGUACUCACUGGUUUCCAUCUUCUUUUGUCGUCUCGCUGAUACCAGGUUGUGGUCCAGUGUCGUUUUCUGUAUUUGUCUAG